UCCUCUAAGUUUCGGCUCCGGGGAAAACAACAUCUAAAGGACCCCAGCCUCAAGAAUAAAACACCGAAUAUCCUGCGUCUAUACCAACUGAUAUCAUCUUCGACGGAUUCAUCGUAACACGUAACUUCUUACCCCCAAAAUGCCCCAGAACGAGCACAUUGAGUUGCACCGCAAGCGGCACGGCUACCGCCUGGACCACCAUGAAAAGAAAAGGAAGAAGGAGAGCCGUGAGGCCCAUGAGCGGUCGCACAAAGCCAGGAAGUUGAUUGGUUUGAAGGCCAAACUGUACCACAAACAGAGACAUGCAGAGAAGAUCCAGAUGAAGAAGACCAUCAAAAUGCAUGAACAGAGGAAGACAAAACAAAAGAAUGAUGAUAAGACGCCAGAGGGAGCAGUGCCAGCCUACCUCUUGGACAGAGAGGGACAGUCCCGUGCUAAGGUCCUCUCCAACAUGAUCAAACAGAAGAGGAAAGAGAAGGCUGGUAAAUGGGAGGUGCCCCUGCCAAAGGUGCGUGCCCAAGGAGAGACAGAAGUGCUUAAAGUCAUCAAAACUGGAAAGAGACAAAAGAAAGCCUGGAAGAGAAUGGUCACCAAAGUUUGCUUUGUCGGUGAUGGCUUCACCCGUAAACCUCCAAAAUAUGAGCGUUUCAUCAGGCCUAUGGGUUUGCGUUUUAAGAAAGCUCAUGUCACACAUCCAGAGCUGAAGGCCACAUUCUGUCUUCCCAUCCUUGGAGUGAAGAAGAACCCUUCUUCACCUCUCUACACCUCUCUGGGAGUCAUCACAAAAGGAACAGUAAUAGAGGUCAAUGUCAGCGAGCUGGGUCUGGUUACACAAGGAGGAAAGGUUGUCUGGGGUAAAUAUGCCCAGGUGACAAAUAACCCAGAAAAUGAUGGCUGCAUUAAUGCAGUCCUGCUGGUAUAAGACUCUCAACCUUUAUACAGACUGUGCCUGGUAACUCUUAAUUACCACAAAGAACACAAAGCUGCAACAUGCAAGGGGCUUAAAAUCACGGGAUUUUCAGGAAGAUCACGGAUGCAACACAACAGUGUUUGGACGUUCAGAGGAAAAUAAAAUGAGGUGAUUACUUUGUUAAACUUGAUAUAAAUAAACUUGAUAUGACACCAGAUAA